CGGCGCUCGCACACCUGAGGAGCUGUUUCCACCAGCGGCGCGCAGGUAGCUUUCGUUCGGCAGUGAGCGCGUGGCAGAUACGCGCGGAAACGUCGUAAGAAGCGCAACGGCCGCAGCCGGAGGUGUUUGUCGCGGACUCUCGACUCGAGGCGGGAGAACUUUGAGUUUGAAACUUUGUGAGGCGCGAGACGCGCGUGAGAAAGUUGGCGAACUCUCUGACUCUGAGGCGAGGCGAAGUGAAGUGAGAGAACCUGUUUGACGAAACUCCUCCUCGGACACGGACGCAGGAGGCUCAACUCUCGAAGAUGCGGACCGACUGACUGACUGACUGACUGAGUGCAAAAGAAGAAGAGAAGCGUAAUUUUUUUUCUCUUUUUUUUUGUCAGAAUUUUUGGCUGUUUUACGUCUUUUCUGUUGCUUUCCAACCUGCCUUGGAUUGUUACAGCGCGGUUUGCGGAGUAAAAAGUGAGCGCCAUGGCCACCGGUGGGUUUAGAUCCAAUACCACCACUGGCACCACAGACUUCCUCGAAGAAUGGAAAGCCAAGAGGGAGAAGAUGAGGGCCAAGAUGCUGGGCGACAUCGCCGCGGCGUCCAGCGGGUGUGCGGUCAAUGUCUCGGCGCCCGGAACCAGCAAUAGGAACCCUGAGGUGAACAACAAUGGAGGGUCCUCCUCUUCCUCCGCCAACUGCGCUCCCGCCAACGCAGUCGUGCGCUCAUCCUCCUCGUCCGCCCUGAGGAGGCCCGAGGACGAUCCGCACCAGGGGUCCGCACCUAGGUGCGCGGAUCCCCUGAAGAAGGUGCCCAGCACCUCCCAGCUGGAGGGCAACGGCAAUCUAUGCGGGGACAACGAGAAGGAGAGCCCCGCUCCCGCAGUAGGCUCCGGAAAGGGCAAGGAGAAGAGGAGCACGGGUCCCAGUGCCAGGAAGGGCAAAGGGCAGAUAGAGAAAAGGAAGCUGAGGGAGAAGCGCAGGUCCACUGGUGUUGUCAGCAUCCCAUCGAACGAGAGUUUGGAUGAGCUGGAUGAUGAUGAAGGUGGUGAGAAGGAGAGGAAGACGGAGGAAGAGCUCACACAGCACAAUACUGUUCAGAAUGAGGCUAUGAUUGCUGACACCGGAGCAGCCCACUUCUUUCAGGAGACUCCGAGAGGGGUGACAGGCCGUUACAGGAGCGAGGAAGAAUCUGGGGGCAACAGCAGACAUCGGCAAGGACACAGUCGCCAAGGCAAGGACACCAGCGGCACCGGCAGCAUGGAAAGAAGGGUGGAGGAGCUCGAGAAGGAACUUGCCAUAGAGAGACAAGAAAACAUGCUGUUGUUGUCAGCCAAUAAAGAUAAAGAUGAGCUGAUUGGCAAGCUGAAGGAGGAGAUUGACUUGUUAAACAGGGAUCUUGAUGACCUUGAGGAUGAAAAUGAGCAGCUGAAGCAGGAGAACAAGACCCUCCUGAAGGUAGUAGGCCAGUUGACCAGGUAGAACUGCAGUGGUCAAAGGAGCUACAGAGGAGCAAAUGCCCCCUCCAAAAACAAACUUGUUUCAUGUCUGUGCUGUUUGUUUGUCGAAAGAGGAGAUCCUCAGAGGUGAGCAUUUUGGAUUGCUGUGUUUAGGGAGGUUACAGCAAGUGAAAAGUGUUAUUCAGAAGGCUCUGUGCUUUUAUGGGAUGUCUACAUUACUUUAUUGGGUGAUGUUUUAUAUGUAUGAUGUAAAUGUGUUGUACAGUGGGUUAAUGAGGUUUGUUUCUGAUUAACCUGUAAACAAGGGGACUGCAUACAAAGCACUACAAGUUUGUAGAAGCUGUUCAGAUUAGCAUCACUCUAAUGCCUUGCACAGUGACCUCAGACUUGGAGUAAAUGUGAGGGUAUCUUUUUGUGAUAUUGACUCAGUGGAGUGACAAAGGUAAGAGAAUGUGAAUGCAGUUGAAUGUUGUCCUUGGUUCUUUGGUGACAUUCUGGCGGUGAGAGCAUUGGCAAGAAUGAAAUUGUUUGAUUAAAAAAAAAAAGAAAAAAACAAAAAAAAAACCAAAAACUUCCACCAACCAAAGUGUCAUGUUUUUUACAUUAUAUGAAUCAGUCUGCAAUUGUCAUUCCUUUAGAUGAAGUAGCCAGCUGCUUGUCAUAGUUAGUGUGUUUAUGUAUUUAUGUUCUUUUAAAGUUAAAUUCUGGGUUUAUAGUCCUUACUACAUAUGACCUAAGCAAAAUGAUUAAUUGUGAAACUAUUUGGGAAAACAGAUGGGUUUCUAGUGGGAUUAAAAAGGUUUUUACUGGGUAGUUGGCAGUGCAAAGGAUAUGUAUCAGAGGGUUACAAAUUGCAGUUAUAUUAUGAUGGAUUUAUGAGUAUUUAGUUAGCAUGAACCUGUAUUUCAUGUGCUUACAAGUGAUUUCAAUAUUGACAAAUAUAGUUCAAUUGAGCAUGAAAAAUAGAGUAAGCUGCUGUAGUCUUUUUAUAAUCAUUUCAAUCAAAUCUAUCUGGAAUGCUUCUCUAGGUUCCUCUUGCUUUAAAGUAAUAUACAACAACAGGUGCAUUAUUUCAACAUGCUUUGUUGCUUUAACUGCUUUAGUAUUUGGUUACAUCUUAUUUUGUAUUG